AUGCCGAUCACGGCUGAGGGUGGAGCCCAAACUGAUCCAUUACAAAAACGGCAGAGCAAAGCAGCCAUUGUUCUGGAAUUAUCAGAUGUAGGAGUUCAGACAGAGGAAGAGGAGUCAAAUGCUUCAAAGGCUCCAGAAUAUAAUGAGGAAUCUCUCUUGAUGUUUCUUAAGAAUGUUGGUCCCAAAGCCUGUAACUCCCAUAGUCUGGGUAGUGUCAUCAGUGCACCUCAUUUGCUUAUUCGUGAGUAGAGCAGACAAAAUCGGAGCAGAGCUUUCGAUGGAUUUUCACUGAUGGAGAAAGAAGAGUCGUCAGGAGUCAAGGUUUUGCAUACGCUACGUCUGGUUCAGAUUCAGAGUGAGCAUGUUGUGACGGGCAUUGAUUGGAGUUGCACAGGGUCUGUGAUUGUGGUGGUCUAUGGCAACAGAUAUCAUGAAGACUGGUGUGACCACAAAGGUGUAAUAACCACAUGGAAUAUUAAUAGGAGCGAUUUUGACUGCAAUCAGCCAGAAAAAAUCAUAGAAGUAUCGUCUUGUGUACUCAGUGUAGCUUUCCAUCCAAAUAACCCCGCUGUUUUCGCAGUAGGGACAUACAGUGGAGAGUUGCUGGUGUUUGAUUUAUCCCACUCUGAAUCCGUAUCUCCAGUUGUUGUGGGAGACUGUCGUGGGUGUGUGACAACCCUGUCGUGGAUAGCUGCAGACAGAGCCCAUCCCAAGAUAUGCAAUUCUGUCGUUGCUUCCACAAGUAAUGGUUUUAUCCUCGUAUUUAAACUGAAUUUAUUGAAAUCCACAUUUACGCUGAAAUCUGGGUUUAUGCUCCAAAGUCAUGUCCCAGAAGGUAUCCGAGGCCCCAUUGAUGAGACCGAAGGCGUUGAAGUAACAACCGCCUCGUUUAACAAGGAAGACCCAACGCUCUUUGUCAUCGGAGCUGAGGGAGGAGGACUAUUUGUAUGCUCAUCGUCAUCUGAGGUGCCUGCUGGAAGGGAAUUCGAUCACGUCAGAGUAAUGAGAUGCGUGACGUCUGUCCUUAGCCCCCAUACUGGCAGAGUUUUGACGUCCCAGUUCUCUCAGCACCAUCACAAUGCCAUCUUGUCUUCAGCAUCGGACAAUCAGAUACGCCUCUACUCAAUACUACAGCCAAACAAACCUGUGAGUGUCAUAUACAGCGAAGAAGUUAUAACAUGUUCAGAAUUAUCACCCUCGAGACCAAUGAUCGUAGCUGUUGGGUUGGUCACCGGACAGGUGGUGUUGCACGACUUUGGCACGAAGAGCUGUCAGCCAUUUUUAAGUCUGCCUGGUGCAGAAAAACCAGCAUCGAUCACUUACUUGAAGUUCAACAGGAAAGAAGUAGCACUUCUGGCCGCGGGAGACAGAUUAGGACGAGUUUCCAUCUGGCAGCUUCCUGAUAACGCCGUUUCUCCCUUGUCCACGGAGCACAAUGCUCUUGCCAGUCUGUUAGACACAGUUACUGAAUGAAUUGAGACCCAGUCAUUGAAAACAAUAAUUUACUAUGGAUGCCUUCAUCCUAAAAAUGUAAAUAUUUAUAUUGUCUUUCAGUUGGUAGUUUGAUAUUUAAUGCCGAGCUUUCGAAUGACUCAUUUGCAAAGUGGGAGUUUGUCGUUAUUCGAUGUACGAACGUACGUAUCGUGAACUUUAAUGAUAUCCUGAAGUGCCAUAUAUUAUGUAUACAGAUAUACACAUAUGAAAUUGGAUUUGUGAUGGUACGAAUGACCGAUUUUGUUCCUGAAGGGUAUUCAUGUGCAUUUAGCAGAUAAAUGCAAGAUUUAUAUUUACUUCAGCUUUUUCAUGACAGACCUGUUGAAAGGUUUGGUCCAUGAAUAGAAUAAGUGUAAAUUACUAUAUACAUACAGUAUAAAGGUCUUUUACUUAUCUGUGUAAGUGGUCUUUUGUGUUAUUUAUUUAUUUUGAAUUGUUUAUAAUCCAACUUCAGGGCCAUGCCAUAGAUAUAUUUGAGUCUGCAUACACAAUUCUGCAUAGUUCGUUGAAUGACGGGACCUCACAAAGAUUUGAAAAUUUAUACAAGUGUUUCCCAGGGACACAAACUGAAACCAAAUCCUUUAGCUACAUUUGACGUUAAUGCCAAAUAACAUUUCGCAAGUUAAUACCUAACUGUGUAUUUUGUUGCACUUUUGCAGUUUCAUAUAAUAAAAUGAAAGGUUUUCAGUAAGUCAGUGAAUAAGUUCACAAGUUGGAAUCAAAUCUUACUCGCACAAUGGGUAACAAGUGCUUUUAGUAUUUUUGAAGUCUGCUUCCAUGGUGAACCAUUAAUAGAUUUAAACCUGUAUACAUAUAUUUUUGCUAUGCUGCUUUUAAAGUCAUUGACCAUUUAAUAAGCGUCCGUAAUUUAGAAUUGAAUCUUCAUAAUAUGUACUGGUCUCAUUGAGUGUUUAUAAAUAUACCACUAAACAAGUUGAAAUCAAAAAUUUUUCUGAGUGCCAGAAGAAUUUGAGGACCUAGAUUUACUAGAAUGGAAAUGAGGGGAGUUUUUCUGGUAAUGAAAGCACCGGAAGGACAGGAGUGGCAGAAUUUCACAGGGGACUCGUUGCUUUGCAAGGUGCUUGAUGAUGUAUCAUCAUUGUUAAGUUAUAGAAUUGUCAGUAAACAUUGCCUUUUCAUAAUUGAAUGCUUAAUGUCGAUGCAGAUCUGUAAAAAUGAUUUAAACUGACUUCUGAAUAAAUGAGUCUCUGCUUAUGUAUUCCAUGUAAGAUGGCAGUUUGACAAUGCACCAAGAUGUGAAUGAAACAUAACUGCAGAGCGCCAGUAUGCUGUAUGUGGCUUUGCUGUGAACAGAUGAAUAAUUUAAUUAUAUUUUAUAUCAUUCCAUUACAAUAAUCCUAUUUUUGAAAGUAUGCUGAUAUAUACUGUACGUAUAUCUUAUAAAUACAGUAUUCAGUAACAGAGUGUGUUAAUUGAUUCUUUUUUCUAAUAAAGAACAGAAUACUCUACAUAUGCCUUU